AUUGACUCAAGAGAGAGAGUUAAAAAGCCGACGACAAUUAAUGACAAUUGACAAGUGUCUUUAAACCCAAACAAUUUACAAAAUAAUUAAUAAAAAACAAAAAUUAAAUAAAUAGUUACAAUGUCAUUAUUGAAAUUAAUCAAUAUGAUGAAAGUCAAGUUGACAGGGGUCGUUUGUUGAGAGGUGAACAAAGUGGGUGUUUUAAUUUUUUGUUUGUGAUCAAGGCGCAAGUGCAUAAAUAAAAAUAUUGUACAACACUUGUAAUAUAUCAUAAUAUUUAAUUAAAAAAUAAUUGUUAUUAUUUUAUAAUUAAUAAUAAUAAAAAACUAAUUGUUGUGUUAAUAAAAUGUCACUGUAAUGCCGAAAAAAAGUGGAAAGAAUUUUAAGGAUACUGGGACAACGAGGAGACAUCAAAUUGAUGAUAAUGAAAAAUCGUUAAAUAACAUAACAAAUAAUAAUUUAAAUAUUAGUAAUAAAAAUUUAAAAAGAUGGUAUUUAUUAAAAAAAAAAUUUGGAUAUUUAAAUGACGAUGAUUUUAUUGUUCAUUUGCUUGAUCUUGCUGAUGAAAAUAUUAGUCAAGAUACAACGCCUGUCAUCAUUAGAAAUACAAACAAUGAUGAGGAGAAAAAUUCGAUUGAAGAUGUACAAAAAAAUUAUGGUGAACAAGAUGAACCACGUCGUCGAAGUCCCAGGAAACAACUGGUGUCAGUUAUAACUGACAAGUCAAUUGAUAAACUAACAAAUAAUACUGAUGAUAAAACAAAAAAAUUACAUGAUCAUGUUGAUGAUGAUCAACAAAAAUCAUUAAAAAUAAAACAUAAAAAUAAAACAAAACAUCACAAAGAAAAACGUAAAAAACGUAAACAUUUAAAAAAUACAGAUUCAUUAAUAAUUGAUAAAUUACCAGAUGACAUAUUUGACAAUGAAGAUGAAAUAUUAAAAAUUAAUGAUGCUAUUGAAGACCAUGGUUUAAUUGAUGAAUCAGUUAUUCAAAUUAAUAAAUUUCAAGAUGAUAAUAUUAAUGUACCACUUGAUAAUAUAAAUAGUAAAGAAAAUAUAUGCCAAAAUUUACAGACUAAUGAUGACAUUGAUGCCAAUGACAAUGACGACAAUGAUGAUGAUGGUGUUGAUAAAAAUAUAUCAAUCCAAGAUAACAUAAAUUAUAAAAGUAUAUCUGUAUUAAAACAUGGAACAGAUAAAUUACCAAUUGUAUUAUUAUCAAAUGAAUUAACAACAAGUAAAUUAGCAUCAAUGUCCAAUCAUAAUUCAUCAUUAAAAAGUGAUGAAUUAUUAUCAGAUGAUAAUGAUGCUGAUGGUGAUGAUGAAUCACUAUCAGAAUAUACAAUAAAUUAUACAGAAACAAAUGACAAAAGAAUAACAAGAAAACGUAAUAAAAAUAUUAUAAAAACUGAUGAAAAAAAUAAUACAGAUGAUGAUGAAGGUGGUGAUGAAGAUGACGAUGACGACAGUGAUAGUGAAUUAAUUUAUAAACAUCGUAAAAAAAGACACAAAGAUUUAAAAAAUAAAAAAAAUCAUGAUCAUAGAAAAGCACCACAUGAUGGAAUAAUAAUACCAUUUGAAUCAAACACUGAAAAUGAAUUAUCAAAAGAUAAUACAAUAAUAAUAAAUAAAAAUAUUGAUACAACAGAUUCAGCAUUGACAAAUGAUAAUCAUAGACUAGCAAUUAAAAUUAAAUUAUGUGAAAAUUGUAAUACACGUCAUACACAAGAUGCAUGUCCAUUUGAAUCAACAAAUAAUGAAAUAAAUGAUUCAAUAAAAUUUGAUGAUUGGUUAAAAAAAUAUAAAAAUAAUGUAGAUGUUAAAAAAGCAAUAUUAUCUAAAAAUCCAAUGUCUGAAGGUUAUGAAAAUAGCAGUAGCAAUAAAGAUGAUGUAUUUGAAUCUGAUGAUGAUACAAAUAUAGCUGAAAAAAAAAAGUUAAUAAAUGAAGAUAAAAUUUUAAAUAUUGAUAAUAAUAAACCAUUAUAUUCACGUGAAUCAUUGCCAAAUUGUUUUGAAUUAAAAUUAACACAAAAUACUGAUCAUGGUAUUGGUAUUUAUGCUAAUAAGCUAAUACCAUCAUUUACAAAACUUGGUCCAUUAAUUGGUACACCAGUCAAAGAAAUGGAUAUACCAGAUGAUUUUUCAAUGCGUCAUAUUUGGGAAAUAAAUACAAAUGAUAAAAUAGAAUAUUUAUCAACGACAAAUCCAAUAAAAAGUAAUUGGUUACGUUACAUGAGACCAGCUGAAAAAAAAAUAGAUCAUAAUGUUGCUAUUGUUAUUAAAAAUAAUAAUAUAUAUUUUAUAACAAUUGAAGAUAUUAAAUGUGGUAUGGAAUUACAAUAUUGGCUUGAUUCAAAAUUAUCAAUAUGGACACGUAAAAAUAAAACAGAUAAAACAAAUUGUGGUGGUUGUAAUAUUAAUUUUUUACAUACAUUUUAUUAUCGUUUACAUUGUUGUAUAUUUCAUGAUACAAAUUACAGCUUAACAAUACGUAAAUAUCAUUGUAAAAUAUGUGGUGUUGCUGUACUUGGUAAAGAUAAUAUUAUGAAACAUGCUGCUGAAUUACACGCUGGACGUGGUGCAUAUCAAUGUCAAUAUUGUAAAAAAUUUUUUUUACGUUUAAAUUAUUUAGAGAUGCAUCGUACAUAUGGUUGUUCUAAAAAUCCACAAAGAUCAAGACCAUUAUGUGAUUUUUGUGGACGUAAAUUUUGUCAACCACAAAAAUUAAAAGUACAUAUUAAACGUAUGCACAGUGAUAUGUCAGAGGUACUUAAAGAAUUUCAGUGUAAAUCAUGUUUGAAAUUAUUAGGAUCAAGAGCAGCAUUACAAAGACAUAUGAAAGAGGUACAUCAUAAAGAUGUUGUUGCUGCAGCAACAUGUGAUAGAUGUGGAAAAAUGUUUCAAAAUAAAAGUAAUUUAAAAAUUCACAUGUUGACACACAGUGGUGUCAAGCCAUUCAAAUGUCAAGAAAAAAAUUGUAAAGCAGCAUUUACUACAAAACAAUGUUUACAAUUUCAUUAUAAAAAAGUGCAUGGUUUAAGUGAAGAUAUGAUGCCAAAAAUUGAAAGAUCAGUUGCAUAUACGUUCGAAUCAUACAGUGGUGGUCAACAUGAUGAUAAUGACAGUGAUAAUGAAAAUGAUGAUGCAUCAAAUCCACAACAAUCAACAUCUCAAGAUAAUUCAAGAAAUUCAAUGGAUGAUUGUUCAUCAGAAAAUGGUGGUGUUGUUAUGACUCAACAAAAAGAUAUUAAUGAUUAUAAUGAUUGUGAAAAUUCAGUUAUUCAAGAAACAUCUAGAGAAGAAGAAAUAAUAAAUCAACAAUUACAACAGCAACAACAACAGCAACAAGAAAUUUAUACAUCAACUAAACUGCAAAGUAAAGGUAGUAAAAAAUGGAUGGGUGAAUUUAAUCCACCAUCAAUAAAAUUAUCAGAGCCAAGCCAUCAAGUUGCAUUAUCACAAACAGAUAUAUAUGAAUUUGAUGAUACAAAUAAAAAAGAAACAAUAGCAAUAACAAAUAUUGAUGAUAAAUUAACUAUGAAUAUUUAUCGUAGAACAGAAAGUACAAAUGCAAGUUUACUAGUUGAAGCAGCAUUAGAUGCUGCUGAGCGUGAUAUUGGUACUGUAUCAAGUCCAAUACUUGAUGAUACAGAUAGAGAUGGUAAUAUAUAUACAAUUACAAAUCAAUUAAACUCACCACUACCAUCAUCAAGAUCACCAGAUGAUAGCCACAUUGAUUUUCACAUGCAACAACAACAACAAGAUGAUUUAAUGUCACCAGUACCAACACCAGACAAUAGAAAUUCAUCGCCAUUAAAUAUACAUAAUGAUUAUCAUAUUCAUCGUAAUAUUGAUUAUAUAUCAUCAACAAGAGCACACAAUAUUGAUCAGUAUUUACAUAAUGAUGAUAUACCACGUACAUCAUCAUCACCACCACCAUCAGCAUCAACAACAAAUUAUAUUCACAUGUCACAUGGUGACUUAGAAUCACCAUCAACAACUCCAAAUUCACGUUAUCAUCAAGAUAUUCAUCAUCCUCAUCCUCUUCAUCCCCAUCAUCAUCAUCAACAUCAUCAUCAACAGCAUCAAGUACAAAAUGAUAAUUUAACAGAUGAAGAAAAUGAAAGUGUUGCACAAAAUCUCAGUAUUUCUGUUAAAGAUAAAUCAUUACAACUUGAUUUAUCAACUUCAUAUAAAUAUGAGCAACUUGAUUUAGAAUUUAGAGAAAGAAAUUUUGAACCAUUUAUAUUGACAAAUGAAUUACAAGGUCUUGAUAUGUCAGCUAGAAGUUUUCAUACAUUUAAUGGACAAAGUCCACGUUAUCAACAACCACCAACAUCAUCAUCAUCGUCUCAUCAUCAUUAUGAUAAUAUUAAUGAACGUCAAAGUGUUGAUUUAAGUCGUUCAAGUAAUAAUUAUUCACCACCUCCAUAUCCACAUGGAGGCAGUGAUGUAUUACGUGUUGUUAGUCUUGAUUUAACACCUGGUGGAAGACACAGUGUCGACUUGAGCCCAAUUAGAUCACAUUUACAUAAUAAUACAAGUAGAAUUAUAACAAGUCCACCAUCACCUGGUUCAACGUCUCAUAUUGUUGAUGAAAAUAUUGAUACUAGAUUAUUAUCAUCAUCACCAUUACCACCACCACUUGCUCCAUUACCAUCAUACAGCUCAGCUUAUCCGGUAAGUCCGGCUGCUUAUCAUCCACCAAGACCUGGAUAUCAUUAUUCUGGAUAUUAUUAAUAAAUUUAAUUUGUUUUUUUUAUACUCAUUAAUUAUGGAAUAAAAUUUUUUGUUAUAUUAUUUUUUUUUGUUAAGAUUAUUAUUAUACUUAUUAAUAUAAAUAAAUGAACAAGAUUUCUUUGAGGUCCAUUGAAAUUAUAAAAUAAUUUAAUUAACGCACAAAUUUAAUUGCAAACAAAGGAUUAUUUAAUGAUGUUUAUACUUGUAUAUUUUUUUAUAAUUUUAAAAUGAUUGAUAUUUAAAUACUUGAAAUUAAUCAGAAUACCUAAUUUUAAUUGUUAUAAUUUUUUUUAAAAAAAUUUAUAAAUCUCUAGUCUUAUUUUAAAAACAUAAACUGUGAAUUUUUCAAUAAACACACGUGACCAUAUUAAAUUGUUUAAUGCAUGAUUAAAUGAUAAUUGUAAAUAAUAAAUUAUUAAAUUUAUAUUUAUUAUAAAUCAUGAUAUUAAUAGUUGUAAUUUUUUUGUUUAUAUUUUUACUAGUAUAUAAUGGAACAUUUUUGAAUAUUAAAAUAUUGACAUUAUUAUUUAUGUAAAUGAAAAUAAAAUAAAAAUAUUUAAAUAAAUAAACCAAAGAUUUUAUGAUAUAAAUAUUUAUGUGCCAAACAUUAUAGUAUUUAGUUAUUGUUUAAACAAUUUAAUAAUUAUUUUGAUUUAAUUUUAAUCUAAAAAACGAAAAACAUAAAUAAACAAACUAUAGAUUAUCUAUCUAUUUUUUUAUUUUUGGAAAAAAUAAUUUUCAUAUGUAAAAUUUAAAAAAUAAAAAAAAAAUAGACUGUAAUUAUUUAAGUGUAAUUUUGUCUAAUUAAUUGUGGAAUUUUUUCAGUAAUAAAAUUUCAAUAAUUUUAAUUAAUAAUUAUUAAUUAUGAAUUUAUAAA